AUAAGCGAAAAUGUGUUCUUUUAGCAUUCUUAUUUCAGAGUCUCUGACAUUGCCUUUAGCUAUAUUUAUUACCAUACUGGGAUACCUUAAAGCUUACUGUUUAUUUGUUUUCUGCCAUGGAAGCUCCAUCUCACACUCUUAUCUCUGUGCUAAAUCGAUUUAUUCUUAUGGCUCUCCUAUGCGUAUGUUUUUCUCCUCAUACAAUUGUUGAUUGAUGGUUCAAGGUGUUCGCUGUACGAGUAAAUUUUUCUGAAGGUUUCUUACAUAUGUUGUCGUACCAUAUCUUCUUGUCCCUUUCCCUUAGAUAGUUAUUAAAGUCACGCACUGGUGUUAACUGUUAAUGUAUACUAGCUGGCAGCUGCAUAGCUGAGACUCGUUAUACAGCUUUUACACAUCGGGAAUUGUCUUUGUACUUCCAUACCCAAUCAACAUCUUAAUUAGGUGCACUUAUGGGAGCUGAUUUCAAAAGCAGUACACCCCCAUGGAAUUGUCAGUAUAUGUGAACGAUCACUUCUAAGCUUUAACUGCAGUGGGAGUAUGUGUACUCUCACAUCCUUUAACCUUCUGGCUUCUUUUGGUUCUUCUGGUGUUUAAGAGGACAUGUUUACCAGAGAGAUCUAUUAAUCGGGUAUUCGUUAGUGUUAUUAAGUGCCAUGACUUGUCCCUUAAAGCCAUGAACCAAUGCGAACGAGGUGUUAUCGCUCUAUGCACUUCUGAGGAGUUGAGACUAGAGAUCCCGACGGGAAGUGGUCGACUCUUUGAAUCUUACUUUAACACAUGAGAAAAUAGAAGAGAUAAAAAAAGAGAGGAAACAUGACAGUGUUCUAUUUGAAUAGUAGGGGUCAUCACCGUGUACUCUUCAACGUUCUCUUUGUCAUUGUGUUCUUCUUCUUCUCUCGAGUUUGUAAUGCCUAUCCAUCUAUUUUUUUGGUUGUUCAAAAAUCGGGUUUGACUAAUGGAUGCUGACACAGAGAAUAAUGCGUCUGCUUCCAUUGAAGGAGUUAACGCCAAUGAAGUGGAGGCAGAAUCAAAUACUAUCGACUCUCUAGAAGUUUUGUCAUCCAGUGGUAAUGUCACGCAAGAAAUACAAAGUGUCGGGGAGAUUUUAACAAGGCUUGAACUAGACUUAGCAUGUUUCUCUGAGAAACUAGUUAAUUUAGAUCAACUUGUGAUGCAUGUGGAAACAAGAGAAAGUGACUUUGAGGCUUUUGCCUCCGAGAAGGAGCACACUUCAAAUGACAUUGUUGAGAAGGCAAUUGAGUUUGACCUCUUAUCUGGGGUCCUAGAUUCGGAGGUGAGGGAGCUAGGCGGUUUAUUAUCCACUGUUGCAGUGGAGAUUGAGAAUGUGCGGAAGGUCAUAUCUUCACAUGGGCAUGUGGAUGAUGAGGCUUUCAUUUUAAUAGAAGAGAAGUUACAUGACAGUGAAAAAUCCCUCAAGCAGUCGCAGGACAACCUUUUAGAAUUAAAGAUGCAAUGUACCAACUUCCAUGGGAUUAUCCUAACCUCCCAGGGGGAUCAAAAUUGGCAAGAUGGAGAGGCAGCGGACUACUUCAACAGUGAUGCUCUUUUAACUCCAAAGACAAAGAUAAAAAUGCAGACUGUUGAACAGCAGAGACACAUUCUGCGGAUGCUGGAGAAGUCUUUGGCCCGAGAGUUAGAUCUUGAGAAGAAGCUUACUGAAUCUAGACAGGUUGAAGAGGAAUUAGAAGUCAGGUUGCAGCAAGAAGCUUUCUGCAUGGAGGAAGAAAUUGAAGAUGCUUGGCAAAGGUUGUUUGAGGGAGAGAAUGCUGCCGAAGUCCUCUUAGGAAUUUCAAAAGCACUACUUGAUCGACUCCAGAUGGCACAUUUUAAUCUGAACGGUACUGUUCAGAGAGAAAGCUGCUUACAAUCUAAACUUCAAGAAAUGGAGGAACAUUUAAAAGCAAAAGAGAACUUACUAGGGAAGUCUGAAAGCAGUUCUAAAGAGCUCGGGGACAAGGUUAAAACUCUUGAAAAACGGUUGGAGGACUCUAAGUUGCAGCUGUCCAAUUAUACAAAGAAAAGUCAGGAGCUAGAAUCCGAGAUCCAUGAAAUGGAAGAUACAAUCCAUACGUUGAAGGAAAAGAAUUCUGAAGCAGAGAGAAGAAUUGAUACAGCAGAAAAUGAGUGUAAAAUAUUGAAAGAAGAAAAUGUGGAACUUGACAAAGAGCUGAACCUCCUGAAAAGCAGUAGUAGUGAGAGAAUAAAUCUGCUUGAAAAGCAGCUGAGGGACUCUGAGCUUCGACUUCAGCAUGCGGUUGCAUCUGCUGAAGCUAGUCAAGAGAAGCAAAUCAUGUUGAAUUCUACAAUCAAAGACAUGGAAGAUUUGAUUGAGGAUCUAAAACUAAAGGUUUCAAAAGCAGAAAGUUUGAUGGAGGGUGCUGAAGAAAAGUGCAUUAUCUUGUCAGAAUCUAACUCAGAUCUCAAUGAAGAAUUAACUUUUGUAAGGGGUAGGUUGGUGUGUUUGGAGGCAUCGUUACGCCAAGCUGAGGAAACAAAGAAGGCAACUGCCCGAGAUAUUAACUUCCGGAGUAAAUUGAUAACAGAUCUAAUUUUGCAAUUGGCUCUUGAAAGAGAGAGACUUGAAAAGCAGAUAGCUUUGCUGAUAAUGGAAAAUAAGGCCCAGAAGAAGCUUUUUCAGCAAAAUGAUGAAGUUCCUUCGCUGUCUCCGCAAAGUGAUGGAAAAGAUACCAGGGAAUCCGUGCUUGCCAAGGCUGAGUUUUCUGCUGUAACUUCUCCAAAUGAAUGCAAGGAAGAAAAAUCUAAGUUCACAUCAAUAACUAAGGAGGAGAAUGGUUCUGGAGACUUUUUGAUGAGCGAGUCAAAAGAGGAAACUACUGAUUCUUCAACCAGACUUGAUGCCUCUCGGAACAUAGAUGCAAGACAGCUUGAUCUCAAGGUUGUCCUUAUUUCAGUUUUCUUGUUUUUGAUAGCCGUACUGGCAUCCGUUUUACUGCAGUAUCAUUGGAGCCAGCGUUUUGGUGAGUGAGUCGAAAGAGGAAAUUACUGAUUUUUGUUACUCAAUCAAGAGACCUGGCAUUAGGCACUUUUCAGAAAUCUUUAGGCGCAUCCAGUUCAUAUGAUGAAUGUAAUUUUGAAGCCCGGAAGAGAAGAGGCUGGAACUUGCUCCUCAAAACUUAUGAGUUUUUCCCCUCUCCUGACUAAAUAGCAGUUUCUUACACGUGCAUUGUUUUGCCACUCAGAUUUUGUCCGCUUUACAAAUUAGCUUUUGGUAGAAUUUGGAAGUACAAACAGUGGCUCAGUCAUCCAAUAGAGAACUACACAAGAAGGGAAAAACCGCUCUAUGGAAGCGGGCUCCGUGGCCUUCACCAUCCAUGCAUGGAACUUGUGAGGUGUCUCAUGUUUUACUUUUCAAAUCAUCUGUUUGUAGGCAGAAUCUGCUAAUGCCUUCUUGGUACUGUUUUGAUACUAAGAGAUGAAGGCGAGUAAGUUCUACUUUUAAGAGUUUUAACAGUAGUCCAGGAAACAUACACUUCUUGUACCCAUUUAAUGGCUUCUUGUUCAUUUCUUUCUCGUUUCUUACCAGGUGGUUUAAGAUCAUUUCUGUAUGUAGUUAAUCAAACUUAUAGUAUAGUUCAAGGGGCCAACUGCUUAAGACUGGUUAAUAGGGACUAAUUGUUGGCUCAUUUAAUGUAGUUUUAAAGCUAAUUCCUUAUUCCGUUAA